GCGUGGUUUUAGAAGGACUUGGUGCUGAAGGACCACACUGUUCACGCGUCAACCAAGUCCAGGGAACUGCAUUUUCCCCCCUUCAGAUGUCCGCUCAAUUGGAAGGAAGCCGGCAGCUGGAAACAAUAGGAAAAUUCGAUGCAGCAAAAUAUGAAGAGUUUUUUGUCGUGACAAGUGCCGAUGGACGCUUGGGGGUGACGGACAGCCCGGCGCUGACCUGCGGGGACAGCAGAGAGAAGAAAUCGUUGCAGCAGGAGAAACCGCUCAAGAUGAGCCGAAGUCCCAAAUGCGCCCGCUGUCGGAACCACGGCGUGGUUUCGUGCUUGAAAGGUCACAAACGCUUGUGCCGCUGGAGGGACUGCGGCUGCGCUUGCUGCCUGCUGGUGGUGCAGCGGCAGCGCGUCAUGGCCGCGCAGGUCGCACUGAGGAGGCACCAGGCUGCGGAGGGUAAGAGAGGUGUCAAAUGUCCAACUUCCUCACAGAGAACUUUGUUUCAGCGCUCUCCUGAGGCAGCAGAGCCAAGUAUGCUGCGGACCAAGAGCCUCCUGCAAGGGCUGACACCACAGGAGUGUAACGGUUCCUGUUGCUUAAAGCAGACACAGUGUGACCAUGCACGUGUUCCAAGCGCCAGCAUUAGUGCCCGCAUGAGGAAAAGACGAACGUUUGCUGACAAGGAGCUGGAGAACGUGAUGCUGGAGCGGGAGCUCAGACAGAGAGAGUUCCAGAAUGACCUUUCCUUUUCCUACUCCACCUUCCUCCCCACACUUCAUCCGAUGCCUCUACCCAUCACGCCUAGCUUGCAGUCGUUCAACAAAGUCCCUUCAUCUGCAGGGACAUCUAGCUUUGGGUCUGGGUGUAACCGAUGUAAGCCACUGCAAGACUGUGACUUCCAUUUCUAUCACUGGUUCCAUUUUAAGAACACAUCAUGCACAAAAAGUGAGUUCCAGCUCUGCAAAAGCUCAGGGUUAAAUAGAGAUAAGAAGGAUGAGGUGAAGCAUGGCUGGAAUUGCUGCGAGAAGAAAGAUACAUCAGAGCUGAUACCUUCGCCUUCACGACAAACUCUCAAACACCGUGGUAGCACUUUGUUGUGUCAGGACCUCAUCAAAGCUCAGUCAAAACCAAGAGAAAUUCAAGACUCAAAUGUCACAUGCUCUAUUUUUGUAUCAGAUCAGGGGAUCCUGGACUUGGCAAAUGUCAGAGCCCCCAGCAGGACCUUGGAUCCGUUAGCGCUGACAGCUAGAGGCCGGUGUGCCGACACUCCUGCUGCCCAGACGCAUCCUGGUGAAGACUCUGUCGAGAGCCUUCCUGGCAGCUCAGGCAGCACUCCAGCUGUGAAGCUGCUACCUUUCUCAGUGGAGGCUCUGCUAAGGGCCUGACAAGCCAAUGGAAAGUACUUGGCUUUGGUUAUGUGCAGGGAUCACCUUGACAUGUGAACUCAGAAACGGUUAGUUGUAUUACACUGACAGAAGCUGGUUUUUAUUCAAACUAGAAUGGCAUUCAGCAGAGUGCAGACCUCCGCCUCUGCUGAGCAAAAAAAAAAAAA